AUCGUGGGGUAUUUUAAGACCGAUAAAAUUCAAACGGAUUAGAAAUGGCACAAUAUGGCGCUUUUCGUUGAUGACGAGAAAUAGUUAUAAAGAUAACAGUUAAGAGGCGCCCUCAUCUAAUAAUGAGAUGAACGACGAAUAGUCUUCGGAAUGGAGAUUAGGAGAGACGAACUAAUCUAACAUGGCGAAUCCGAGGAAAUUUAGCGAAAAGAUAGCUCUACACAAUCAAAAGCAAGCUGAAGAAACAGCUGCUUUUGAACAAAUAAUGAGAGAAGUAAUAGGAGCAACCAGGGGAGCAUAUCAAAAGCAUCAUUUACAUAUAAAUCCUUCAUUGGGUUCUUAUAGAGGUGGAUCACUUCCAAAUGUUAAUCAGAUUGGAAAUAAUAGCAUUGAUUUACAGAGUGCAUUGAACAGCUUAGAAGAUAUGAAACAAGGUAGAGAAACUCUUACUGAAAGAGUACCUCGUGAACGUGGCAGGCAUGCUACACCACAUCGUAAUCGUCAGUUUCCAUUUGAGAAAAGGGCAGAUGUUUCACCUUAUAGUUCAACGUCAUUCCUUUCACCUCCACCUGAUUCUAGUUGGAGAAGAACAAACUCAGAUUCAGCACUUCAUCAGAGUGCAACAAAUCCACAGGAGAACUUCCAUAGUGCCAAUUCUCCUUUGAGCCAGAGGCGUAUAAUAGCAGUUAAUGAUGUGGAUGGCUCUCUUGCAUUAGACAGUGGGCAGAUGAAAAAUUAUUGGGAUCCAAAGAAGCAACAGACUGUCUUACUUCCUCAGUCCCGGCCAAAAUCGUGUGAAGUUCCUGGAAUAAACGUGUUUCCCAGCCAAGAAGAAAAUGCAUUAAUGAUGCAUCAUGUACCUAUGUCUAAUAAUACUGGAUCAUUACCAGAUCUCACCAAUUUGCAUUUCCCUCCACCUUUAACAACACCUUUGGAUGUUGAAGAUCAAACAGCAACAUGUACGUCUUACAACCAACAAACUUUAUUACAUCCAAAUACUUCCACAUUAUCACCUCCCUCUUUAACUCCCCAACGGCAUCAUACUCAUGGCUUAGGCCCAAGUGUCAGUGGUGGAACAUUAAUUCAAACUUGUGGUGGAGGGGGUAGUCGACAUUCUAGUCCUGGUCCAUCUCCAUCUCCUUCCUCUCGUCGUCGUCAUCAUCAUAAUCUUACUAAUAUUGUUAUUGGUGGUUGUAGUCCUCGUCAUCAUAGUCAUCAUGAAACACGUUCUUUACAACAACAACAACAACAACAAGUAUGUAAUUUGCCUUAUGGGCAUGAAGCACCCAGGAUCACAGUGGAGGGCUUAACAGUCGAUACAAAUGCAUUAUCAUUAGACAGUUACGUCUCACAUCAACAAUCAUUUGGAGUUUAUCCACAACAGUCUCCGAACACACAUCAGAACUUUGUAUAUGAGACAGCAGCUCCUACAUCACCAACAUUGCCUCAAAUAUCUACAGGAUCAUAUCGUAGUACUAGUCCAGCGGAUCAUUCAUGCAGUGCUCCAACUUCUCCAGUUUCUCAUAGUUUUUCACCAGCUAGUUCACCUGGAUUAGGACCUACAUCAUCAUUGAGUAAAAGUCCAUUUACAGACACUAAUUAUUAUCAGCAUCAACAACAACAAACAAGUGCUCUUCAGCAUCAGUUGGAACAGUUUAAGAUGAUACCAGAAAGUAAUCUAGUUUGCUCCAGUACCAACAGUAAUACUGUACAUACAAAUUCUGCCAUGUAUAUGCCCUCAAUGGACAGUUGUGAUUGUGGACCAUCAGUUGAGGGUGAUAUAUUAAUGGGUAGAAGUUUAGGAUUACAUUACUCAGAUAACAUUUCACAUGGAAUAAAUUCUUCUCAAGAUGGUCUUGGCAAUAGUAUCAUGUAUUACAAUAUCCCAAAUUUAUCAUCUGAAGCUCCACUACAGUCACCAACUUUGUAUUCAAAAACUGUCAUUUCUCAACACACUGCACCUCAAACUCCACAAACUCCUACUAGUAUUCCAGAUAUUAUUCUAACAGAUCAUUUACAAGCAUUGAACCCAUCAUUAAGUUUUGCUGUCCAGCAUGACACAAAUGAAAUUCCAUUCCUUGAUGACUUAUCACUACAUUCAGCACCUGGAGCAGAUGAUCCAAUGAUGAGGCAAGAUUUUGCAAAGGAACUUGGUUCAGCCAUGGUUAGCAUGUCUGGUUCAUUUGAUUCAGAACUGUUCACUCCUGAUGAUGCUCUUCGUGCAGGUCUCGACCCCAUUGAUUUUGAUGGACUACAGAUUCUCACAGAUCCUGACAUACCAGUCAUUAGUGAUCCUGCAACAGAGGAAACUUUUCGUUUAGAUCGAUCAUAGUUGAUAUGAUCCCCUUGAUAAAUAAGGGGCAAAACUUUAGUGAACUGUUUCAUAUUACAUAUAGUCAUCAUAUUGUGGAUGGUUAUAAAAGUAUUUGGGUGCUGUAUGUUGCUUAUUGAUAUCAUCAUGACUUCUUUUCCAUUCUUUAAAAGUAUUUUUUGUGGUGGUUUUCAAUUUACCAAAACCAUUGUGAAAAGACAAGAACUCUGCAAUAAAAGCAAAGAGUCAUUUUACAUUUAUUAAAAACUAGUGAGUGUUUCUGUUCACUUGUAUAUGUGUGGAACCUCUCGAAACAAGCUCAGAAUUAUUUCUCUUAAGACUACCUAAGGACUUGGUUUAGGAGUACAUUAUGUGGAAUAUAUAUAUAUAGACUCCCAAAUUUCUUGAUUGUGUACAUAUCUAUAUCAGCCAUAAAUUCUAUAGCUUGCUCUGAAUAUCAGAACAUGAAGAUGUGUUGCAGUAUUAAGAAUUCAAGAAAGAAAAAAAAAGAAUGAAGCUCUUAUCUGUACAAAUAACAUGACCAAAGCAGGAGCUUCAGGUUUCAUAAAUAAUAAAUUCAUUCUGUAAAUUACUUGCAUAUGCCAUCUUAUCUCAAGUUGAUUUAUCAAUUGCAUAUGCAUAUUAUAAAAUGGAAUAUUCAAACUCAUUGGAAACUGGUCUUUAGGGUCCAAAACACUAUUUUAAAAAAAUUAAUUGUAAAAAUUUUUUGUCAUAAAAAUUGUUAAUUGCUACAAAAACAUUUUACACAUUUAUGAAAUUUGCUUAUUAUUAAUAAUUUAAACCUAACAUUAUAUUAAAAAUAUAAAAUUUAUAAGGAAUGGAAAUCAUAAAAUGCCAUUAUUGUAAUAUUAUUUAUUUUCUUGUACAUUUGUAAGAAUAUUACAUAAUCACAAAUAAUUGUAUAAAGUAUAUUUAAAAAUUUAGCAUCGGUCAGUUUGUUUUGGACCAUAAAGGCUUUCGACUGGAAUGAACUAUCAUUGUUAAUGUAGUUCUACAUUUUAUUAAUCUUUUAUUAUAAUGUUCAGUCAAAUUCCAAAUCUCUACAUGCAUAAGAUAAGCUUGUCUUUAAUGGACAUUCAGUCCAUUUUAAACUUAAAAAAGCUUAUGUGAUGUGUACAGCCAUUUGAAAAUACAUUUUUAUUCAUGUCAUUUACUGUGCAUCUCUCAUAGUUGUAUAUCUCUUGUUCUUUACAGUUUAGAUAAUUAAUCAACUUCUUUGGUGAUAUUAAUUCUCCCAUGUUAACUGUGGCACAGAACCAAUUUAAGAUCAAAACAGUUUGGUUUUGGCUAAUUUGGCUCUGCACUAUGUCUUUAUAAAUAAAUAUAAAUUGAUGUGGAAGAUUUUAAUACUUUUCUCAAUUCCUCUCAUUUUAUUACAAAUUCACUGUUUCUUGUUAAUAAAAAAAAAAUGUGAAACAAAAUGUAAAAUAAAAAUACUUGAAAUUUGUUCAUUUAUAAAAUUUAAAGCAAUGUUAUUCAUGGAUAUAGUGCAGAGUAAUAAUUGUUAAUUCCAUAAAAUUUGUAUACUAUUUAGUGCAAUUAGAAAAAACCAUUGUUGUAAACUUUCCCCUUCACAUCAUUAAAAAAUAUGUGCAAUAAAACUAAUUUGAUUAAAAGCAUGAGAUAUACAGAAUGAAAGAGAUAUACCAUAUUAAAUUUUAUUUUAGAGUAUAAUUUGUUUUUAUUUCACAAAGUAGAUACCUCAUUGCUCAUAAAAAGUAUAUAUAUAUAUAUAUAUAUAAUCAGUUGUUUUUAUAUAUUGUAUCUGAGUUGUAGAUUUUAGAGGCCUGUUGAACAAAUGAAUUUAAAUACAUUUAUUGAAACUUGUAAAAUAAGAAAAAACUGUUGAAAAAUUGAAUCAAGUUAUGAAAUAAAAGCAAAAUAUUUUUAUUUUAUAUCUUGAUUAAAUAUCUAUUUCCAUGCAAACAGAUUUUUAGAUCAUAUAAAACUUUUUAUGAAAUCUGUCAAAAAAAAUUUAUUGAAAAAGUUUUACUAUAAUUCUGAUUGCAUGUAAAUAUUGUAUAUUUAUUCAAAAUAAAACUUCUUAAGAAUUAACUUUAGCAAGUUUUUUUUUUCAUUAAGUAAUAUAAGUUUUUAGUAUGAUAUGACUUUGGAAAGCAUUUUAUUGUUUUAUAUUGCUUAGAAAAUUAAAUCAUUCAUAUUUAAUUUGCAAACAGAAUUAACUUUUUAUUUAAAUGAGUCAGUGUUUCGCCAAAUUGUUUGCCAAACAUCCAUGUACAAAUUAUGUGUGAUCAUUAAGUAAGUUAUUGAUUUAACUUUUUUCUAAUGCAGAUGCAUGCAUUUAAUUUAUUGGAAUAUCAAAAAUUCAAUAGAAAAACUUUUGUGAGCUGUUUUGAUGUUCAAGAUUCAUAGCUGUACUGUGUUAUUUGACAACACAGGAUUUCAGCUAUAGUUUUAUAAAAUUAAAUUGAACUUAAAUAGCUAGUUAAUUUUAGUGUUGUUUCUAUCUAUGCAUAUUAUAUACAAUUUUUAUAAUAAAAAAAUUAAUAAAUAAUUGAGAAAUGUUACGAUGAUUAGAAAUCUGUACAUUUAACAAUGUUAACUCUUGUUCCAUAUUGAAUAGUUGAUAAAUAAUGCAGAACAGGAAAAUUAAAUCAUUGACUUACUGUAAAUAUUGGUAAAUGUAUAGUUAUUAUAUAUCAUAAUGUACAUUUUACACGGUAUCCUUAUUAAAUGUAAUUUCAAGAUAUUUAUAGGUGUUAAUAAUCAAAGAAGAUUGUGAUGAUAAACUGCUUUUAAAGCAGUUGGUCAUCAUAGUUGUAAAGAAGAGACUUUGUGUAAAUGGAUGUUUGGAAUAAUGAAGGCAAAUUUUAUACAACUUUGGGCAUUUUAAGACUAUAUAUUUCCACUUAAGAUUUUCUUCCUUGUACAUAAAUCUGUCAUAAUAAAUGUUUUUAAAUUCCACUAAAUUUAUACUUCCAGUGUUGUUAUACGAUUGUUAAAAAUUAACAAAAUAUCAUUGUUUGAAAUUUUUUCUUAUUAUAAAUAUGAUGUAAUUAAAAAAUAACCUAAUACAGUUCUAAAUUUCACUUUAAUUUGGAAGUGAUGUGUAGGGGAAAAUUUUAAUGCUUCUGAUGUAAGGAUUGUGUAUGUAUGUUAUUUAAAGUAACUUGUUGGCUUGUUUUUUGGAAUGUUGUCUACUUUGUGAAGUCUAUAAUAAAAUUUAUUCAUUCAGUAA